CUAGUCACGUGUCAAAACAACCAUGAGGGUGCUCUAGCACGAAGUUGCUGUGCCCUGGCUUAAUGAAGUAGUUGCCGAAGUACUGAACCCAGAACCGCGUGGACGCCGUUUCCGUGUUACCGUGGUAACGGAAGCUUUGCCCACAUCGUGACUACUCCUCGGGUCCAAUGGCGUCCUGCGUGAAGGAGGUGAUAAGUUCUUGCUGCAACAUCCUUUUAUCCUCCACUGCACUGUACUCUUCUUAUAAACUCUUCAAGAACCAUAGGGCUCCAUCCGUGGGCUUCUUCUUGUUUGGACUCUCUGCAGCACUUAACGCCUUGCCGCCCCUAAGCACCAACUUGGCCUCCCUCCAGAGAGAUGCAGAGGUGGCCAGUGAGGUUCUGGCCCCGGUGCUGGUGACCUUUGACUUCCUGUGGCUCAGCCGAGACCACAACACGGCUCACAUUCUGCUGUGUGGCUCCUGCCUGCUGCUGGGCCUGCGUGACUGGCUCUCGGGAGACACGCUCACAGUCCUGACGUGCUGCCUGGGCCUGUCCUGCCUCUCCUGCUGCCUGACUGUUUGCGUGUUCACCAGUAAUGCCUUGGGGGCCCUCGGCGGCGCGGCCCUCAGUCUGCCACUGCUUGUGACGCAGGUUGAAACUGAUGCUCUUUCGCCGUGGAUCGCCCCGGGCGCCACUGAAGGAUUUUUAAAGUGGCUUUUAAAAGGAUCCGUAUCAAUAGGGUGCUGGGCUUCGACGCAGGCCCUCAACAAAUUUCGUUUGGAUGCGACUGAGCAACAUAAUCUGGUGCUUUAACCAAGCAGUGGAGAAUUAACUGACAGGACGCCUGUCACAUGUUUACAUUUCAUAGAGGCAGUAAUUUAAUGAGGAUUAUCUACAAGCCUUAUUCAGAUAAUCCUGAUUAAAUGGUCAGAAAACUAAUCAUGACAACUUUAAUGAUGAGAAACUAAGAUGCACUUUGUAAACAAUCCAUGGUAACACGUGAUCAGAUCUGUUUUGACUAGUUGUGUAUGACGCCAGACCUGAAGACGGGCAAAGGAUUGGACGAGACACUGAUACAGCUGAACACAUUAGAAUGACAGUCAGUGACACCAAUUAAUUAACAACUGACAUGAUGAAUUACUGUGGUGCAACGGUCACGCUUUUAGAGCCUGGGUGACUUAUUAUUUCAUUCAACUCGACUCAAUGAUGCUGGUGUCUGGGUGUUUUUUUUCUAGGACACUCAAAGUAUUAAUAUCCUGUGUGACUUUUUUAGUUUUAGCCUCACACUCCUGGUUUGGUUGUUCUGCAUCAUCAGUAUUACUGUCCGAUAUCUGCAGCGGUCUAAGCUCCUGGUCCUAUUCUUCACCUCCUAAUCAAUGACUGACCUCUUUAAACAGCUUCUUAAUUUAGAUCUUGUGCUCUGUCAUGUUGGUAAGAUAUGAAUGUACAUUGCAUUUGUUGUAGUGGACACAGCGGAGCCUCUUAAGUUGGGUGCAGCUGCAGCAGCUGUUUUACUGCAGUAUAUGUACAAGCCUGAACAGCUCUUUGCCGGCCCUGGGAACAAUGCCUUCAUCAGAUGUCAGAGCACAUGUGCACAGACAUUUCCCACAGAAUCAAUAAUGCAUGAGACUGAAAGAACCAGCAUAAUUAUGUUAAUUUGGCUGCCUGCCUUUCUGUUGUUUUUUGUUUUGUAUACAAAAGGUUGUAUAAUGAACUUUAUUUAUUUUUUAUUCUCUCUAUUAAAAGAAAUAUUAAUAUAAUAGAGUCUAAACAAACCUUAAAUAAACAUUGUGAAUGCCAGAAAGUCCUCCCAUUUAAGUAACUUCACAUAUCUCCUGUCUAAUGUUUCAUUCUCUGACUGCUGCCUGUCCUACUAGACAUUGCUCAAUUUGCAUUUUGCAGUCUAGUGUGCGCACCUGGGCCUCAUAAUCGCUCGUGUGUUAGGCUGUUGGAGUCAAUAUGAGCCGCCUCCAGUCAGUCACCAUACUCAAUUUGUCACCUCACUAAUGCAGCUAAACAGCAAACUGCAGUGAGGAUGCUGGCUGCAGAUGCAGCCUGUAGAUGGAGCAAAGUGAGGAGGAGGAGGAGAAGAAGGAGGAAAAAGGGGAGGAGAAAGAGCCACGCAGGAGGAUGCUGUUGCAGCUCUGGGAACAAGAGCUGCAGUUGGAAGAUUUGUCAUUGACAACACGGAUGGAGUGUGAAGGCGGAAUGUCGGAUUUUCAUCGGCUAGACGAGGCGUGAAAAGGGACUCUACUGGCGUGGAGAUGUAUGCGUUCUACUCUCUGUUAGUCUACAUCUUUUACACUGUCUUUAAGAAGGAGGAGGAGGAAGCUUUGGAUGGAGUGUGCGGAGCUUCUUCAGACGAGCCAGGACCUGUUUCCAUGGAAACAGGGAGCAGGAGGAGAGAUGGCCACGCCCCCAAAAGGGGAAAUAAGGCUUGUGCUCAGCUUAGUGAAUCAAGCAGUAGCAGUGACAGUGAUGAGUUGUCCCUGAGUGAUGAAGAUGAUGGUGAAGGCCCCGACAUCCCAGCAUGCACUCCCCUGGCCUCUUUUCUGUCCUUUAAACAGGAGGCUGAGAAACGAAGAGCCUCACAAGUUCAACUGGAAACAACGGGAAAGUUGGCAGAGUCUCCCCUGGUGGCUGUAAUGUCCCACUUGCUGAGCUUUCUGGAGCAGUACUCCCACUUCCAGCAGCUGCAGCAGCAGGCUGACCAGUACCGGGUCCUGCUGAAGCGGCACCGCGUCCAGCACCGGCGCCAGAUGAAGGCGCUGCGAGCUUCCUACCGCCAGCGCAUCAGGGACAAGAACAGCAUCAUCAGCAGCCUGGAGGAGGCCAUUAGCCAACAGCAGACCCCCAGCCCACUGAGCGAGGGGGCUCCAGGUGAAUCCGGCAGCGAUGCGGGGGCACAAGUCGGGGUUCACAGCCUGGUGGAGUCUCUGUACGGCCUGCAGGGCGAGAGGAGCAAACUGAGGGGUGAACUCCGCCUGCUGCACUCACAGCUGGAGCAAAAAGAAAAAGACAGACACUGUCGCGUGCAGGCCUUUCAACAGCAGAUUGAUGAGCUAAAGAGCUGCAUUGAAGAGCGUGAGGAGGAGCUGUCACGACUAAGAACUGCCACUGGGGCCACAGACUCGGAGAAGCGAGUCCUUUGUCUGUCAGCGGAGAACGAGACGCUGAAACAAAGCCUGAGUGUUACCCAAGGUCUCCUCCAGCAGCUGUCAUCUAUCCCCUCCCAGUCCAGCACCAUGCUCAUCAAGGAGAACGAGAACCUCCGCAGCAGAGUGCAGCAGCUGGAGAUUUCUUUACAGCAACGCGCCGAGCAACUGUCACGACUCGAGCGGCAGAGCGAACAAAGUGAGUGGAGGAGAGAGGAGCAGCUGAGGAAGCGAGAGGACAGAGUGAGGGAGCUGCAGCUGGAGUUGGACAAAGAAAGAGGCAAAGAGCCAGUGGUGAAGGUCGUCACCCAGACUGUGGAGGUGGAGUCACCCGCCACAUUAAAGCAGCUGAGUAAAUUCAGACAGAGGAACGAGCUGCUGUCCGAAAAGCUGUCGAGUCAGAAUGAGCGAUGCAAACAGCUGGAGGAACAGAUCAGGAAGUCGGAUGAGUACAGCUGCAAUCUGCAGCACAAGAUCGCGGCGUACGAGCGGGAGAUCAGCAAACUGAGAGAGGAGCUGCUGAAGGAGAUAAGUCACCUGGAGGAGAGGAAGGACGAGGCGGUGAAGGCUGCCGCCAGCUGCUCGGCUGAGCACUUCCAGGACCUGCAGGGCCAGUUCUUCAGUUUGCAGAAGCGCCUGACCGCACUCCCACCAACUUUACGCUCCAUGAAGACGGACUACGCCAGCCUGAGGAGCCAGGUUCGAAACUUCUCUGAGUUUUACGGCUCAGCUAUAAAUGACGCAAAAAAACAGAUUUCAGCAGCUAUCAGUGAGAUGUCUGAAGCCAACAAAGACCUUCUGGAGAAGUACAGGAAGGAGGUUGCCCUGCGCAGGAGGUACCAUGAGCAGCUAGUGGAGCUCAAAGGGAACAUCCGCGUGCUGUGCCGCGUGAAGCCCGUGCUGAAGGAGGACCAGCGCGACGAGGGCCAGUCGGUGGUGGUGACCACAGAUCCUCACAACGAGUCCUCGCUCACUGUGCUGAGCAAAGGGAAGGGCCGCGUCUUCGAACUGGACAAGGUUUUCCACCCUCAGGCUACGCAGGAGGAGGUCUUCCAGGAGAUUGAACCCCUCGUGACGUCCUGCAUCGAUGGCUACCACGUCUGCAUCUUUGCCUACGGCCAGACGGGUUCUGGAAAGACCUACACUAUGGAGGGUAGCGUAGAAAAUCCAGGUAUCAACCAGCGAGCCCUGAAAUAUCUCUUCAGUGAGAUCGAGGAGAGGAAGGACAUGUGGUCUUAUACAGUCACUGUCAGCUCGGUGGAGAUCUACAACGAGGUGCUAAGAGACCUGCUGAGUAAAGAUGGAGAGAAACUGGACAUAAAGAUCAACCCAGACGGAACAGGACAGCUGCAUGUGCCGGGCCUCAGGGUCAUCGAGGUCAAGAGCUUCCAACACAUUAAAAAGAUUUUAGCCACGGCGCGGAGGAACCGCAUCACGUUUGGCACUCAGAUGAACCAGCACAGCUCUCGGUCCCAUGCUCUGCUCUGCAUCACCGUUCAGGCAACUGACCUCGCCUCAGGGUCCAAAACCACCGGCAAGUUGAACCUCGUGGAUCUGGCAGGUUCUGAGAGAGUUUGGAAGUCUGGUGCUGAGGGCGAAAGGCUGAAGGAGGCCCAGAACAUCAACCGCUCUCUUCUGGCUCUGGGGGACGUCAUUCAGGCGCUGAGGGCACGGCAGACUCACAUCCCCUUCAGGAACUCCCGCCUCACGUACUUGCUUCAAGACUCGCUGGGCAAAGGGAGCAAAACAGUAAUGGUAGUACAGGUGUCCGCUCUGGAGAGUAAUGUGGGAGAGACGUUGUGCUCACUCAAGUUUGCUCAGAGGGUUUGCAAGGUGGAGCUGGGCCCUGCAGCCAGGAAGAUAGAGUCUAGUGGAGGACAGUGUGACUGACGUCCUUGAAUCAAGUAGCCAUGAAUGCAACAGUCACAUUAUCACCCUGUCUCCGGUCUUAAUGCAGCGGUUCGAACGAGAUCAACAGAAUCCUGCUCAAGGGCUAAAGUGCUGAGGUCAGAAUGCCAGCCUGUCAUUGAUGUUACCCUUUAUGAUCCGCUAAACUGCAGGUAAACUAUUCUUGCACUUGUGUGCUGAAACAACCUCUGACUCCCCUACAGGUUAGGAUUUGAUGCUUCCUACAAUUGUAUUAUUAUAUAUUAUCUCAGUUUCUUUGUAUUAAAUACCAAAAUCAAGUAUAUAUCAUCUCCUUGGUGCUCAUCAGUGUUAAGUGCGGUAUUCAGUGUUCAGAAUUCAAUCGCUACAAUAUCACCACUUCAGGUUUUCAGCAUAAAUCAUCCUGCUAUAAAUGUGGUUUGUGAGCUUCAUCUUCAGUGUUGCUUUUUUAGGAUGUAGUGUUUAGGACAAUCUGUGAAAUAUUAUUAAUUUCAAUGACACUUCAUUUAAGUCACAUUUGUGUAUUUUCUGUGAUCGAGUACUUCAGGUUUCUCUUUAGAGCUCUGAUAAUUAGCCUUUGGAAGGAAACAGGUGGCCUUGUGAUGGAGUGGUAAGAAACUGUGCAAUAUCCUCCUGAAGACGGAGACAGCGUGGGCCUAAGAAAACGCACUUUAUGGUGUGAGGAAUGUUUCAGUUUAGCUGGUUUCAGGUACUUCACUACUGAAUGUCAUACCAAAAUCUGCUUAUCAUGUAGUCAUCAUUGUACCUGUAUCAAAACUAACCUCUGAUCCAAAUGUAGCAAGACAUGUUGCAGCCAGUUAAUUGUUAUUAGAUGAUUUUCUGAAUAAAUACAUUUAAACAGUGAA